UGAAUGGCCCAUUUUGGCUCCUCGCAGCACCUGUAGUUUGGUGUCAGUCCGAUUGUUUUGUAUUGUUUUCAGGACAUUUGGUGUCAGGUCGAAAACCCGCUACAAGUUGUGGCAUCAUGUCUGACAAAAGUGAACUGAAAGCAGAGCUUGAAAGGAAGAAGCAGCGCUUGGCACAAAUCAGGGAGGAAAAGAGAAGAAAGGAAGAGGAGCGCAAGAAGGCCGACCUACAGCUGAAAGAAGCUGCACUGCAGCAGGAUGAUUCUGACCUGGAGAAAAAAAGACGAGAAGCUGAGGCUCUUCUGCAGAGUGUGGGCAUAACCACAGACGUUUCAGUUGUCCCUCCUCCCACAUCUCCUACCACCAAAUCGGCGGGGACGCCAAGUGAGGCAGGUAGUCAAGACUCUGAUGGAGCCGUGGGACCCAGGACUCUGCACUGGGACUCUGACCCGUCCACUCUUCAACUUCACUCUGAUUCUGAGCUGGGGUACUGGACACUCUCUUCUCUCCUUUCCUGGCGUGUAACUCCAAAACUGGGGAUGGCCAAAAUCACACAAGUGGACUUCCCGGCACGUGAAACUGUGUCUUACUCAAAAGAGACCCAGACACUGGUCAUGACUCAGUCAAAACAAGUGGAAGAAGAAGAGGAAGAAAUUACUCCACCUCAACCAGUAGUCGAAACUCAGACGGAAAAACUGGAUCAGAAGGAGGAGGAGGAAGCACCCCCCCACGAGCUGACAGAGGAGGAAAAACUCCAGAUCCUGCACUCUGAGGAGUUUGCUAAUUUCUUUGACCACAGCACUCGCAUUAUUGAACGGGCUCUGUCUGAGCAUGUGGACCUCUUCUUUGACUACAGUGGUCGUGACUUGGAGGAGAAAGAGGGUGAAAUUCAGGCUGGAGCAAAGCUCUCACUUAACAGGCAGUUCACGGAUGAACGCUGGUCCAAACACAGAGUUGUCACUUGCCUGGACUGGUCUCCCCAGUAUCCCGAGCUCCUGGUUGCAUCAUACAACAACAACGAGGAAGCUCCGCACGAGCCAGAUGGAGUGGCUUUAGUGUGGAACAUGAAGUACAAGAAAGCUACACCAGAAUACGUCUUCCACUGUCAGUCAGCUGUUAUGUCAGCGGCCUUUGCCAAGUUCCAUCCGAACGUUGUGGUGGGGGGCACGUAUUCAGGACAGAUCGUGCUUUGGGAUAACAGAAGCAACAAGAGGACCCCUGUACAGAGGACUCCCCUGUCAGCAGCAGCACACACGCACCCGGUUUAUUGUGUGAACGUGGUUGGCACCCAGAACGCCCACAACCUGAUUAGCAUCUCCACUGAUGGCAAGAUGUGCUCAUGGAGUCUGGACAUGCUCUCUCAGCCACAGGACAGCAUGGAGCUGGUGUUCAAGCAGUCCAAAGCUGUAGCCGUCACCUCCAUGUCUUUCCCUCUUGGAGAUGUCAACAAUUUCGUGGUGGGCAGCGAGGACGGUUCCGUUUACAUGUCAUGUCGUCAUGGAAGCAAAGCAGGCAUAAGUGAAAUGUUUGAGGGCCACCAUGGUCCCAUCACAGGGAUCCACUGCCACACAGCUGCAGGGCCACUGGACUUCUCCCACCUGUUUGUUACCUCUUCUUUCGACUGGACAGUCAAGUUGUGGAGCACCAAGAACAACAAGCCGCUGUACUCAUUUGAAGAUAACUCUGAUUACGUAUAUGAUGUCAUGUGGUCUCCAACUCACCCGGCUUUAUUUGCUUGUGUGGACGGUGUUGGUCACCUCGACCUGUGGAACCUGAACAAUGACACAGAGGUGCCCACUGCCAGUGUCACAGUAGAGGGUAACCCAGCCCUCAACAGGGUGAGAUGGGCUCAUUCCGGCAGAGAAAUCGCAGUGGGAGAUUCUGAUGGACAAGUUCUUGUAUAUGAUAUUGGGGAGCACAUUGCAGUUCCACGGAAUGACGAGUGGAACCGCUUUGUUCGCACGCUGGCAGACAUCAACGAGAACAGGGAUGAUGCUGAGGAGCUGGCAGCUCAGCGUCUGGCUGCAUGAGCUUGUCGCUACUGGAUGCAGUGUUUAAGGGACCAGUUGUGUGCUUGUUAAUCUCAGCCAUUUUUUUGAUAGAAGGAAAAGAUGCGAUAACAUGACUGGAAGAAAAAGUUUUGAAGUUUUUUUUCUUUGUAUCUGAAGUAUGGUCAUCUUUUGAUUUCCAACACUUUUCUUAUUUAGACAGUUGGACCGUCACCAGUCUUCCUUGUGCAAACACAAGCUUCAGGGCUAUCAACCUCAGACACCAAGAUUAAGCCAUAUUCACAAAACUGUCGUCCUUUCUUCAGCCAGAUGCCUUAAAGUUUAGUUUUUUAUUUUGAUUGUUAAAUCAUUACCCUUUACUUAAAGCAUGCUGAUAAACGCCUUAAUUUUGAGGGUGCUCCACUCCACAGAGUUAACGGAAAUCCACCACACUGUAGAUGUUCCUCAUUUCUAAAGCUGUAGUAAAGCAAUCACAUCUGUAAAGUAUCCAGGAAUGUAACCAUCUCAUUACUGUAGUUCAAGUCAUCAUUUCUGGGCCUUUAGACUUAAACAUGUUCACUUGUUUGUCAAAUGGUGAAAUGUUCAACAUUGUUUUAUACUAAUCUAAUUUUCACUUAAUCCAUGUAGCUGGAAUUGGACUAUUCUUAAUUAAAGCCUAAGAGGAGGAUCAGGCAUGCUGUAACGCCUCAGUGAUUUCCACAUCUGUCAUGUAUAUUUGAUAGGUUGAUAGACUCUCAUGGGAGAGUUUGGUGUCAAAACUGAGAAUGUACUUUUCACAGUAGAAACAAACACUUUGAAUGAUUUUAUUUCAAUAAAAUACAAUAAAUACAUUUAAAUUA